AUGAUCGAUCCGGACCAAACGCUGGAAGAUUCGGUCACAUCUGGCUUAAACAUUCCUAAUGGAACUCCAACGAAUCAAAACAGAGGAGAUUCGGUGAUUCCUGGCUCGAAUCUCCCUGAUGGACCUCCAAUGAAUCAAAACAGAGGAGACUCUACGAUGAGCCAUGAAAACGAAAUCGAUUAUGAAAUGAUGGAUAUUGGUCAAACGAAUGGAGAAGACGUAGUAGAUCACCACAUGGAUGACGACCAUAUGGAUGACAUCGACAACGAUCAUUUUCCAGAGGAUAAUCAAUCCGCAUCCAACAAUCAUGAACCCCCGGUCGAGGAAGCUAAGAAAAAGACAACUCGUAAACGGGUGAGCGGAAACGACAGUGCUACGCCAAACAAAAAAAGAAAUACUGGAGGUCGUGCAAAAAAACCAAAAGGAUCGGAGAGUGAUGAUGCAGCGGAAGGUGAAACACAAAACGAGAAAAACGAAACACCCGUGAUCAAAACACAGUCUGGGAGAACUGUCACCAAACCACAAUUGCUCACUAUCAAAAAUGAUGAGAAGAGAAGAAGCGCAAAAAAACCAAAUGCUGCAGCACCGGAAAGUGAGAAAGAUGAUGUUGAAACGGCGCAAACCUGCAAAAAAGCAGCUCCGACUUCAGUUUCUGCCGAAAAAGUCAAACAAACCGAACUCAUUGCUCAAAAUAAUAAAAUGUGCGCUCACAAUCACAUGCAGCAAUAUUUGAAUAAGUGCUCGAAGGACAGUCCGGGAUACAAACGAGCGGAACAGAUUCUCAAAAAAUAUAAGGAAAGGCCACUCCCAUUUUGCGAGAUUCCAAUAAGUGCCGUUCAUCCUGAUCGGCAAAACUAUCGAAACGCUGGAGACUUCCUUCUAAAACUGGUGGCACCUGUUCCAUCCGAUUUCUCCAAAGCCAGCAAUUUGAAAGGGAACGCACAAAAAUGCCCAGAAUUGUUGCAAACUGGGAAACUUUUUGUCGAUUGUUGGAAAGAUUCGGCGUGGAAGAUCAUUAAACUGGCUCAACAAUAUAAAAAUACUGGGCAAAACAAGGUGUAUGAGUCCCAGAACAAAGUCAUGUUCCCCGAGCCAUCUAUACUCGGGGAAGCCAACGAAGACGACUUUUUUAAAUUCCACGGCUAUUCGAAGCCCACAACAGGAGAUGAGCACGAAAAAAAGCGGCUUCCAGUAACGGUUAUAAAGUCUACAAAAGACAUUCAAGAUGAUGAUUAUGCCGCGUUCUUCUCGCACUGCAGCAUUGCUGUUGUGGAAGACUUUGGAGCAGCUCGAGGAAUUGAUGAUGAAAAAUUCUCCCUGGAAUCACUUUCAAAGUUGAUCGAUGGACAAACACAAGUCGAAGCUCUGAUGACUAUUCCCGAAAAAAGUGAUUCCAACACUCGAUCACUUUAUAAUGUUGGUGAAGGAGUUGCCAAAGACAGUGGCUGGGAGAUUCAGAAUAUCAGGAGAACAUUCAGCCUUGAAAAGCUCACGAAGUACUACAAAGACUGCGAAAGAAUUUCAUUGGAAGCAUGCGAGCGUCUGGUCGAAAAACCAUACGAUCACGAAGAAAUUAUUGAGGAGCUCAUCAAAAAUCAUCUGGAAGCUCAAAUUCCACCACCGGAGCAGUUUCCAUCUGGUGCAAUCGUGUCGUCUUUCCUUACCAAUCUCGAUCUGCCCGAUGAGGUCCUCGAAAUUCUCAAACCGGAAUUGGACAAAUUCCCAGAUUGCUUCAAUCCAUCAUCAAUCAACAAUAUGCUAAAGCACGUUGAAGGGACGUUGAACGGAAUCAAAACUCCUCAAAUUUACGGAAAGAUUUAUGGAAGCAAAACACCUGGGCACUGUGAAAAUGGAGGAGUUGCUUCCAUCAACUACAAUGCUGGGAAAGCUUCGGCCAUUUGGUACGCAAUGAACUUUGAGUUUAUUGGUGAAUUCCUCAAAUUCAUGGAAGACAAGGGACACGACUUCUACAACUCUGCAGUUAUGCCAGAUGAAGUUGAAUUAGCAAAGAGAGGCAUUAUCGUGACAAAAUUCGAACAAAAGCCAGGAUCCCUUGUUUAUGUUGGACCGGGCACAUACCAUUAUGUGCACACUGCGGGGAUCACCGUCAAUGUUUCUUGGAAUCUUAUUCCGAAAACAUUCACGCAGAUGGCAGUUAUGGCCUUAUUCCACGAUCACAACGCAUUAAAAAACUACGAAUCAGUGAUUCCAUUGGAACCAAUGCUCUGGAAUAUGUUGGAGCAGAAUGAGAAAUUUGAUAAACUGACAUUGAGAGUUUUUCUAGCAAUGCUUUGCAGAUCGCUUUCACACUGCACAAUGGAAAUUGGUGCUGCUGAAAACAGAGGAAUGAAUAUUGCAUUUUUGGGCGCUGAAAAGUACAAAGAUUCUUUUUUGGGAACAUUGAGAUGCUCAAAGAAGGAUUGUAGAAAAAGAGCUCUUUUCAAUCUUAUCACCGUCGACAAGUCACGCAAUAUUCACUGCGUUAACUGCGCUAAAGCAACUGACAAAGUUUACGCUAAGUUCACUUUGACACAGUUGGCAGCUCGUUAUGAAAAAUUCAAAGAAGAUAAUGGAUUAAAUCAUCCACUUGAAUGA